AUGGCAAAUACAAGACGUAUUCUUGUAGUCGCAGGGUCUGAUAGUUCUGGUGGCGCAGGCCUCGAGGCCGACCAGAAGGUUAUCGCCGCUCAUGGUUGUUAUGCGAUGACUGCAACGACUGCUUUGACCGCGCAAAAUACACAGGGUGUUACUGGUAUUCACGAAACACCAUCAGACUUUGUGAAGAAAUGUAUCGACGCCUGCGCCGAGGAUGUUGGUAUUGAUGUAGUCAAAACUGGCAUGUUGGCUUCUGCUGGCACUAUUAAGGUUGUUGCAGACGCAUUGAGAAAAUAUAAACCCGCAUGCAGCAUUGUUGAUCCGGUGAUGGUCGCAACGAGUGGAGCAAGACUGCUCAAAGAGGAGGCCAUUAAGACACUCUGCACAGAGCUCUUGCCUGUCGUAGGUCUCAUCACACCCAACAUCCCUGAAGCACUCUUGCUACUGGAAGAAUCGGGUAACAAAAUCGACGACAUCAAGGAUUUGGAUGGCAUGAAGCAGCUGGCUAAGGCAGUCGCCGAGUUGGGCCCCAAGAGCGUGUUGAUAAAAGGCGGACAUAUUCCGUUGAAGAAGAACUAUGAGGUUGCUACCACUGAUGCAGAGAAAGAAGUCCUGGUCAACGUACUCUACACGGACGGUGACUUUUGUGUCUUCGAGUCGAAAUACCAGAUCGCGAGGAACACUCACGGCACGGGAUGCUCGCUUGCUUCUGCAAUCGCUUGCAAUGUCGCCAAUGGUCUCAGUAUGGAACGAGCAGUACGUGCAGCUGGUCGCUAUGUUGAAGCUGGAAUCAAGACCAGCGUCGAUCUUGGUAAAGGCUCUGGUCCGAUCAACCAUUUCCACUCCCUCAAUAUCAUGCCCUUCCCACCUGGCGGCUUUGUGGACUGGUUGCUAGAGCGUGAGGAUGUGCAACAAGUCUGGAAGGAAUUCACACAGCACGAGUUUGUUGAGAAGAUGGGUGACGGCACUCUGCCUGUCGAGAGAUUCAAAUUCUACAUGGUCCAAGAUUAUCUCUACUUGACCCAUUUUGCCAGAGCCAACGCACUUGCCGGCUACAAGGCUAAAACUCUUGAAGGCGUAGCAGCAUCCGCCGGUAUCGUCACGCACAUUCAUACCGAGACCAAGCUGCAUGUCUCCGAGUGUCUAGAACUAGGUGUCACAAUGGAUGAACUUCGCAACUCAGAAGAGCACCAAGCCUGCACAGCAUACAGCCGCUACAUCCUCGACAUCGGCGCAUCAGAAGACUGGCUCGCCCUCCAAAUAGCAAUGUUCCCCUGCCUUCUCGGCUACCACCACAUUGCUCAGCGUCUCUCCGCUCUGCAAGACCCUGCUGCUCCCAAGGAUGCCAAUCGUUACCGCCAAUGGAUAGACAAUUACAUUGCUGACGACUACACCCAAGCUGUUGGGAAGGGAAUGGGUAAGCAAUUGGUCGAGGGACACAUUUCCAAGCAAUCUCCCUCCAGGAUCGAGGAGUUGGUAAAAAUCUUCAUUCAUGCAACCAAGGCAAGUAAACCACUCAUCUCGAUGUCCAUGGAGUGUGGAUUCUGGGCUAUGGGAAUGGGUGCAUAA